GGGGCUGGAGCAUCAACGCGAGUAGCUGCGAGCAGCCGCGGCAGCGGCUGCGCGUAGUUGCAGUUGCGCCAUCUGUCAGGAGCGGAGCCGGCGGGGAGGGGGCUGCCGCGGGAGAGGAGGAGGGGUCGCCGCGAGCUGAAGGCCGUCGAGACCCGACCGCCGACCGGCCGCGGGAGCUGAGGAGAGGCUGCACUCGGAGCCGCGCGUCCACCGCCGUCCGGGCGCGCGGCGCUUCAAGCCGAGCACCGAGGGCUCCCCGGGCUCACACAAAGCCGCCGCCCGCGCCUGGGAGGGAUCCGGCCGCCGGGCCGGGGACACCCGGCGCCGCCCCCUGGGCACUCUCAGAAGGCCCACCGGCUCCCGGGCCCGCCGAGGAACCACCGGAGCCGCUUCGGCCGCGCCGGAGGAGGGCGGGGAGAGGACCAUGUGAAUGGGCUCCGGAGCCUGAGCGCAGCGCAGUUUUUUGAAGAAGCAGGAUGCUGAUCUAGACGUGGAAAAAGACCAGUCCAGCAGCUGUAUUAGAAGACAUGUGGUAUAUAUAAAGUUUGUGAUCGUUGGGGGAAAUUUUGGAAUUUAGAUAAUGGGCUGUGUGCAAUGUAAGGAUAAAGAAGCAACAAAACUGACGGAGGAGAGGGAUGGCAGCCUGAACCAGAGCUCCGGGUACCGCUAUGGCACAGACCCCACUCCUCAGCACUACCCCAGCUUCGGCGUGACCUCCAUCCCAAACUACAACAACUUCCAUGCAGCCGGGGGCCAAGGACUCACCGUCUUUGGGGGUGUGAACUCUUCGUCUCAUACUGGGACCUUGCGUACGAGAGGAGGAACAGGAGUGACCCUGUUUGUGGCCCUUUACGAUUAUGAAGCACGGACGGAAGAUGACCUGAGUUUUCACAAAGGAGAAAAAUUUCAAAUAUUGAACAGCUCGGAAGGAGAUUGGUGGGAAGCACGCUCCUUGACAACUGGAGAGACUGGUUACAUUCCCAGCAAUUAUGUGGCUCCAGUUGACUCCAUCCAGGCAGAAGAGUGGUACUUUGGAAAACUUGGCCGAAAAGAUGCUGAGCGACAGCUUUUGUCCUUUGGAAACCCAAGAGGUACCUUUCUUAUCCGUGAGAGUGAAACCACCAAAGGUGCCUAUUCACUUUCUAUCCGUGACUGGGAUGAUAUGAAAGGAGACCAUGUCAAACAUUAUAAAAUUCGCAAACUUGACAACGGUGGAUACUAUAUUACCACCCGGGCCCAGUUUGAAACACUUCAGCAGCUUGUACAACAUUACUCAGAGAGAGCCGCAGGCCUCUGCUGCCGCCUAGUAGUUCCUUGUCACAAAGGGAUGCCAAGGCUUACCGAUCUAUCUGUCAAAACCAAAGAUGUCUGGGAAAUCCCUCGAGAAUCCCUGCAGUUGAUCAAGAGACUGGGAAAUGGGCAGUUUGGGGAAGUAUGGAUGGGUACCUGGAAUGGAAACACAAAAGUAGCCAUAAAGACUCUUAAACCCGGCACAAUGUCCCCUGAAUCGUUCCUUGAGGAGGCACAGAUCAUGAAGAAGUUGAAGCACGACAAACUGGUCCAGCUCUAUGCGGUGGUGUCCGAGGAGCCCAUCUACAUUGUCACCGAGUAUAUGAAUAAAGGAAGUUUACUCGAUUUCUUAAAAGAUGGAGAAGGAAGAGCUCUGAAGUUACCAAACCUUGUGGACAUGGCAGCACAGGUUGCUGCGGGAAUGGCGUAUAUCGAGCGCAUGAAUUAUAUCCACAGAGACUUGCGGUCAGCAAACAUUCUCGUGGGGAAUGGACUAAUUUGCAAGAUCGCCGACUUCGGAUUGGCCAGGUUGAUCGAGGACAAUGAGUACACAGCAAGACAAGGUGCAAAGUUCCCCAUUAAGUGGACAGCCCCCGAAGCAGCCCUGUACGGGAGGUUCACGAUCAAGUCUGAUGUGUGGUCUUUUGGAAUCUUACUUACAGAGCUGGUCACCAAAGGAAGAGUUCCGUACCCAGGCAUGAACAACCGGGAGGUGCUGGAGCAGGUGGAACGCGGCUACAGGAUGCCCUGCCCGCAGGACUGCCCCAUCUCCCUCCAUGAGCUCAUGAUCCACUGCUGGAAAAAGGACCCCGAAGAGCGGCCCACUUUCGAGUACUUGCAGGGCUUCCUGGAAGACUACUUCACCGCGACAGAGCCCCAGUAUCAGCCUGGUGAAAACCUGUGAGACCUGGGUCUGCCGAGAGAGGCCUGGUCCAAGAGGCUUCCCCGCCCCCUCCCCAUUAGCUUUCAAUUCCGUAGCCAGCUGCUCCGAGCAGAGCAGCGAGAACUGUCCAGGAUCAGAUUGCAUGUGACUCUGAAGCUGACGAACUUCCAUGGCCCUCAUUAAUGACACUUGUCCCCAAAUCCGAACCUCCUCUGUGAAGCAUACGAGACAGAACCUUGUUAUUUCUCAGACUUUGGAAAAUGCGUUGUAUCGAUGUUAUGUAACAGGCCAAACCUCUGUUCAGUGUAAAUAGUUAUUCCAGUGCCAACGAUCCUAGUGCUUUCCUUUUUUUAAAAUGCAAAUCCUAUGUGAUUUUAACUCUGUCUUCACCUGAUUCAACUAAAAAAAAAAAGUAUUAUUUUCCAAAAGUGGCCUCUUUGUCUAAAACAAUAAAAUUUUUUUUCAU